AUGGACGGUGCCGCUCUCGCGUCGGACGACAUACUCGAUCCUCCUCCUCCGCCGCCGCCGCCGCGGCUUUUUGAGCGUCUUCGCCAGAUCGCCGGCUACACAUGGGAUGAGACGAAACCUCCUUUCCACUCGUCGUAUGAUUUUUGGCAUGUUUUCGGCACCCAUCACGUUUCCUCUCAUUCUCCACCCGAAAGCCCUCGGCUCGGUGAAUCGAACCAUGGAUCCGUGAGGCGGCCCUCGCCGUCCGAUCAUGGGCAUGCUCCCCCGUCCGAGACGCAGAGUGCCGCCGAGACGCUGCGACCAGCACCCCAGAAGGCGCCGACACCCACGCUCUUCGUCCCGUCAAACGAUGCAUCCUAUAGCGAGGAGGCUGUUGUCGCCCGCGUCUCGUUUCACGCCAUCAGGGAAGAAAGAGCGUUCCACAUCGCCAGAAGCGUAAUCGCCACGGCCGAUCCUGAUGGAACCCACAUCGUCAAACCCCUCGACAUUGUCCGACUAAAUCCGACCGCCGGCGAUCGCGGCGUCAUCGUCGUCGCCAUCUACGCCCAUCCGGGGCCCAAUUUUCUCUUCGACUACAUCGACAUGGGUCCGGCCUUUUACAUGGCCAAGAAGGUGGGCGACGCUUACGUCUCGUAUCGCAGGAAGCCUCCCCGUGCUGCGCAACCCCCCAUCACGUUGGAGUACUUUCUCGACUUCGCCAUCGGCGCCGCGCAGUGCCUCGAGAUCCUUCAUCACGGCCAGGGCAUCGUUCACGGCGAGAUUCGUGGCGACGCCUUCCAUUUCAACGCCGACGAGAACAAAGUGCGCAUCAUAUCCUUCGGCUCCGGCACCAGAUCCUUCGAGCAUGGCCUCACGAGCACUGGCUGGUCGACACUCUCGAAAGAAGUCGGCGCCAAGAAUAAGCUGCUCUACAUCAGCCCCGAGCAGACGGGCCGCAUGCCUGCCGAGCCCGACACGCGGACCGACAUCUACUCGCUCGGUGUUCUGAUGUGGACGCUCCUGACCCAGAAGCCCGUCUACAGCGGCGAUAACCCUCUCGACAUCGUCCAAGGCGUGCUGGGUCGAAGGAUCCCCAACGUCGCCACCGUUCGGAUCGAUGUUCCGGAUGUCAUCGGCCGAAUCAUCCAGAAGUGCACCGCCAAGAACGUCCCCGACCGAUAUCACUCGGCGAGCGGCCUGCGGCACGAUUUGGUCAUGGCGCAGCAGCUUCUCGGCGACGGAGAUUCUUCGGCUCUCAAGGACAUGAAGAUUGGAACCAGGGAUGUGUCAUCCUUCUUCAUGCUGCCCACAUCCAUGAUUGGCCGUCAGGAGGAGAGGAAUGAGCUUCUCAAGGUCAUCGACAGGGUCGCCCGCUCCCACUCCACCCUUGGCAACGGCAUUUUCGUCGACGGCUACAGCCUCGGAAACGAUGGCACGGCGGGCGAUGAAAUGUCCAGCGAAGGCGCCAGCUCGGUUGGCGGCACGAACCCCAGGAGCGGGUCGUUUACUCAUACUAUUUCUUCGGAGCACAAAUUCCCGAGGAGCACCUUUCAUCCCUCCAUAUUCUCCGAUGCACCGACGUUGUCCAAUGAAACGAUAUCGUCGUCGCACUCUAGUGCUCAUGCGCGGACCCCGCGGCCGUGGGAGCGCCAUCACUCCAUGUCGUUCGACACCGCCAGCGUGGGCGAUAGCCUGAGCUUCGAGGGCAGUCGCCUCAUCCUGGCAGACUCGGCGACGACAUCCUCCAGCCUAUCUCGGCAGCUUGGCUCCUCCAAGUUCCGACGCCGUGGUCAUUGCGAGAUCGUCACGAUACAGGGCGCCGGGGGCCUCGGGAAAAGCUUCCUGGUCCAGAGCGUGCUCGCCGACGCCCGACGGCGUGGGUACUGCGCGACGGCCAAGUUCGACACCGCCAGGCGAACGGCGUUCGGGCCGCUGCUCAAGCUGCUGUCGUCCCUGUUCAGGCAGGUGUGGGGUGAGAGGAACACCGAGACGCCCUUUCACCAGGGCCUGAAGCAUUACGUCCGCCCCGUCUGGCCCAUGCUGCACCGAGCCCUUGGCCUUCCCGAGUUCCUGCUCGGUCCUCCAGAGUCCGGCCCCUGCAGGUCGAUCUCUUCCAUGCAAAGCUCGGUGGCCCGUGGAAACGGCCGAGCGGCUGCGAACAGACGAGGCUCCUCUCCCGGAAGUUCGCCGGCCCGCGUUAGCCAACCCCCGAGCAUCAAGUCGCCGCAAAACUCGCAAGAUUACCUCUGCGCCGGCACCUCGACCAAGACGACGCGCCUCAUGAACGUUUGUCUGGAUAUCCUCCGCGUUUUCACGACGCACAAGUUCAUAUGCUUCUGCCUCGAUGACGUCCAUUUCGCCGACGCCGAGUCUCUCGAGCUCAUCACCCAGAUCAUCGGUGCGCGCAUGAAGAUGGUGAUCAUCAUGACCUACCGCCCCGAGGAGCUCUCGAGCGAUAGGAUGGAGCGCAUCAUCUAUCCGCAGGAACAAGAAGAUGCCCCGCACAAUGGCCGCCCUACCGUGACCAAGAUAUCCCUGUCGCCGCUGACCGAAGACGACAUACUCGAAUUCGUCUCGACGUUGCUUUCCAGGCCCAAGGACGAGAUCCUCUCCCUCGCUCUUGUCAUCCAGUCCAAGACGGCGGGCAACCCUUUCUACAUGCGCGAGAUGCUCAGCGCCUGCCACCGCAAGAAGUGCAUAUGGUACGACUACCGAGACAGCCAGUGGCACUACGACCUGGACAGGCUGUUUGCCCAGUUCCAAGGAGAGAAAGACUACGACGUCCUCGACACGGGCUUCAUCACGCACCGUCUGAGCGAGCUGCCACGGGCGGCGAGAGCAGUGUUGUCUUGGGGCGCCCUUCUGGGCAACUCGUUUUCCUUUGAGCUCAUAUCGCGCCUGAUGAAGGGAGAGUUCGAGUAUGACGACGACGUGACGGUGAGCUGUCCGGAGCUGCCUUGGCAUGCGUAUUCGGAGGGGGAGGCCAUUUCGGGCCUUCAGGCCGCCAUCCAGGCGUACAUCAUCGUGCCCUGCGAGAUCGACGAUCGCUUCCGCUUCGCCCACGACCGAUACAUCCACGCCUCUGCGGCCUUGAAGGAGUGCAACGCUCGGCGGAUGCACUUCAUCAUCUCGCAGACCCUUCUCAAGUACUAUGCCGUCGAGGCCAGGCAGCAGGACGACACGGCAUCGCACGUCUGCGAAGCUGUCUGCAUCAUCAAGCGGCGUGUACCCGCUCGCCACGAGUUCAGAAAGCUGCUGAUGGACUGCGCGCAAGCCGCCGUCGAGAACGGCGCGCGGCCAACCGCCGCCAAGUACUACACGUCGGCCAUCGACUUGCUUCAGGAGAGGCCGUGGGAAGAUGAUGCCGAGGACGUUUCGUACGAUGAGACCAUGCAGCUUCACCUGCGCUCGGCCGAAUGCUACCUUUUCAUGGGCCAACUCUCCGCGGCCAACGACCUCUUGACGACGAUAUUCGCCAACGCAAAAACCGCAAUCGACAAGGCCCCGGCGUACGUGCUGCAAUCCAGGAUCUUUGCCCAGAAUGGCAACUCAUUGGCCGCCUUCAUUUCCCUCAAGGACUGUCUGUCGGCCCUCGGCGUCCCGCUCGACGACGAGCCAACCUAUGAGAAGUGCGAUGAACGCUUUGAGAACGUGGCCAAGCAGAUACGGACCAUGGACCGGUCGUUGCUCUUGUCGCCGAAGAAGCCAGGCGACACCAUCAUCGCAUCGAUUGGUGCGGUGCUUUCCGAGACGGCCAGCGCGGCUUGGUGGAGUGACUGUCUACACUUUUACCACCUUACCUUGGUGAUGCUAGAGAUGCACCUCUCGAGGGGUGCGUUUCCUCAGUCCGGCAUGGCAUUCCUGCACCUCGGCGUCGUGGCCUUGUCCAGGUUUGGCAUGACCCAAUUCGCAGUCGAGCUGGGAUCGAUCUGCCAGGAGCUCCUCUACGAAGCCCGGGACGCCUUCUCCAUGGCGCGAGGUCAGAUGCUGCAUGCAUGCUUCAUCGGCCACGUCCAGUACUCCAUGUCCCUGUCCAUCUCCCAAAUGGAAGAUGCCAUAGAGUUGGCGUCGGUAGGCGGGGAUCGGAUGUCGACGAUUCUCAGCUACGGCCUCUGUGCUCAGGUCAAGUUUUUUGCCAGCGAAAAUCUGUCCGAUCUCGAGAGCUUCUGCCAAUAUGGCUGCGAAGACAUACCCAAUUGGUCGUUUGACACUCGAGGGGGCUCCCUCCUCGUCGCCAUGAGGCAAAUAUGUCGAUCUCUGCAGGGCAAGACCUUCACCCAUGACGAGCUUGGCGUGAUGAGCGACGAGAUGCAUGAUGGUCACGUUUACAAGAGCUGGCUUACGAGCCAGACGCAGGAGAGCAACAGGUCAUCGCUCUUCUACGAGAGCAUGGAGCUCGUCGCUCUUUUCUUGUUUGGCCAUUACGAGCGUGCCAUCGAGAUCGGGCGAAGAUGCUGCGACAAGAUUUCCAUGCUCUGGUCGGCGCGCAACAGCAAAUUAAUCCUGCUAUUCUACGGGUUGGCACGAACGGGUCACUUGCUGAGGCAGAUGCAGGAUCCACGCUCGCAGGCAGAGGACUUUUCCGCCGACGCGCAGGAUGUGGUCCUGGAGCUGCGUGGCUUCGUGAAGCUGAUGGAGCAGUGGUCCGUCGUGUCGGACGUCAACUACCGCUCCUGGUCGAGCCUCUUGGGCGCCCAGAUAGCCGAGCUCUCCAACGACCACGGCCAGGCGAUCCAGCACUACGAAGAAGCCCUGGAUCACGCGGCCGAGCACGACUUUGUCUUUGAGGAGGCACUUGGAAACUACCUGAUGGCAGGCUUCUUCAUCAGGCGAAAGGCUAGAAGGUCCGCUCGCGCCGCUCUCCAGGACGCCAUCGGCUUGUACAGGCAAAUAUCGGCCACCGGAGUGGCCAGAGCCAUCGAGGAAGAGCACAGCUUGCUGCUUCACGGUCCAACGCGAAACCAUAGAACGAACGAGGCUGGCAUCCAGACAGAUUUCGUCGCCGAUGCCUCGUCGGGGCCGUACCGAAACGGGGAGGAUGGCGACGAUCUCGCACAGAGCCCAUCUCACCCAAUGUCAGACCUCCGAGGAGACCGUGUCGGGACGUGGCGAGGAUCGAUGAGCAUGCAGGGUGGAGGCGGGUCUGGGCUUCCUGCUCUCGAUAUGAUCGACCUGCACGCCAUCCUUGUGUCCUCGCAAGUCAUCUCAUCCGUCUUGCAGGUCGACGAGCUGCUCAAGACCAUGUGCGACGUCGUUUUGCAGACUUGCGGCGGCUCCGCCACACGUGCUGCCAUCAUCGUUCAAGAAACCAGCACGGACACGUGGGGGCUCGCUGCCAGCGGCGAUCCCGAACGCGGAGCCUCGGCACACAACCCGGGCCUGCCCUUGUCCGGCACUUCGCUGAUCGCAGAGAACGUCGUCCUGUACUGUUCGCGUUUCCUGGAGACCGUCUUCAUCCCCGAUCUCGUCGCCGACGAGAGAUUCGGAAACGUCAACGACUCUUGGCUGCAGCGGAAUCCAUUGAGCAAGGCCAUCAUCGCCAUUCCCAUCUCGCACGGCACGAAGCCGCUUCUCGGGGUUCUGUACCUCGAAGGAGAACCCGGUUCCUUCUCGGACCGCAAUGUCACCGUCCUGCAGCUCCUGGUCAACCAGAUCGGCAUCAGCUACUCGAACGCGCUGUCGAUGAAGAACGUCGAGAAGAUCUCUGCCGAGAACCGAUCGAUGGUGUCGGUGCAGAAGCGAGCGCUGGCCAAGGCGCUGGAGGCGGAAACGAAGGCGAAGAACGCCGAGGCGGAGGCGAAGCGCAACGUCAAGCUCGCGGAAGAGGCUGCCAAGGCCAAGUCAAUCUUCCUUGCCAACGUCUCGCACGAGCUCCGAACGCCUCUGAAUGGCGUCAUCGGAAACUCGGAGCUGCUCCGCGACAGCAUCCUGAACCGGGAGCAGCUUGAAAUGGCAGACUCCAUCCGCGUCUCGGCCGACCUGCUUCUGACCGUCAUCAACGACAUCCUGGACUUUUCGAAGAUGGAAGCCGACAAGAUGAAGCUGUACAUCAUCGCCUUCAACCCCGAGGAGAUGGUACGGGAGGUUGUCCGGGCCGUUUCCUACAGCAACCGGGAGAAGACGUCGAAGAAAAAUGUCAAAAUUGUCCAGGACAUUGAUCUACCUUCAAUGCUCAUCUACGGGGAUCCGAUCCGUCUUCACCAGGUUCUGGGCAAUCUCAUCGGCAACAGUCUCAAGUUCACCGAGGAUGGGUCGAUCACGAUCGGCGCCCGCGUGGAUUCGGUGACGAAGGAAAAGGCGACGCUGACCUUUUGGGUGCGGGACACGGGCAUCGGCAUCCCGCCGCAGCAGCUGGCGAAGCUCUUCCAGCCGUUCAGCCAGGCCGACGCGAGCACGGCGAGAAAGUACGGCGGUAGCGGUUUGGGUUUGAGCAUCUGCAAAUCCCUCAUCGAGAUCAUGAUGCAGGGCACCAUCCAGCUGGAGAGCGAGGAGACGGUCGGCACGACGGCGUGGUUCACCGUCAGCUUCGACAAGGCCAAGCCGGACGUUUCAGCAGGGGAUGCGCAGUCGAAGGACUCGCCACCCAUCGAUCGCUACUCGGCGACGACUUCAUCGAUUGGUCGGGCGAUAUCGCCGAAUCUCUACCUCGACCUGACCAAGGUGUGCAAGGAAGACGUGCGGAUUUGCGUUGCCGAGGACAACCCGAUCAAUCAAAAGAUCGCCAUACAAUACGUCCAGCGGUUGGGCUACCCCAACGUCGACGCGUACGAGAAUGGGCUCAGGGCGGUGGAGGGGCUUCGGCAAAAGGCGAAGAUGGGCGUGCCGUACCACAUCGUGCUCAUGGAUGUCCAGAUGCCGAUUCUGGACGGAUACGAGGCCACGAAGCUACUUCGCAAGGACCCGAUCGAGGCGGUCCGAAAAGUUUUAGUCAUUGCCAUGACGGCGUCGGCGAUUCAGGGAGACCGAGAGAAGUGCCUCGAUGCGGGCAUGAACGACUACCUGGCCAAGCCCGUGCGAUCCGAGGUGCUGAAGAAGAAGCUGGAUGCAUACGUCAGCAAUUCGAUGGGCACCCCCUUUUCGGACCCGUCGUGCAACGACGGUGGUGCCGACCUGAGCAUGGAGCGGAACACGGCGCCUGAGCCGGCUCACGCAUCCCCCCGUCGGCUGGGACUGGGUGCAGUCGCGCGCGAGAGGGCAAACGACGUCGUAAUGUUCGAACCCAUCAUGGAGGACGAUGCGGCGUACAAUACGCCGGAUGAUAAAAUUGCUAGGCAAGCGAACGAGGGCCCAGUCUUCGGCACACGCCGCGGUGCGACCGAUCAUCCGUCGCCACUCUCGCAAAGCAGCCCUGCAGGGGAAGCGCAAAGGCGAGGGUCGGGCGAGGACCAGAGUCCGAACGGCGGCGGGUCCGAAGGCGAAUCGGCGGCGCAGCAGCAGCAGAAACGGCAACCUCGAAAGUUGACGAAGAGCCGCGACAACAGCGACGUCGGUGUCGAGGACGGCAAUGGCACGGCCAAGAAACCCGGCUGCGAGAGGCCCAGGGGUGUCCUGACCAAGAGACCGACGACGCUUCUAUCCUCGGGCGCCGCCGACGAUGAGCAGCAGAGCGGCGUCACGCCCAGCUAG